AUAGUGAGUCACCUCGCAGAUAUAUUUCAGGUGUUUGCUGCUCAUGCAACAGUUUUAUGUGUAUUAUUAUUCCCACAGGUUCCUUCUUGACAAACCACACUAUUCCUUGAAACUGCUCGUGACGCAGCUGCAUUUCCCGUUUUAGGGAACCGCCUCCUCUUACCCGACCAGAGUGGGGAAACAUCUCUAACGCUAUACCAAACACACACAAAAAAUAAGUUGUGUCCAAUAAUUUACAUUCCUGCCGAGAUAUGGACCUGAAGUAAAGUGACAUCGUUGGCUUGCCGGUGUUUGUCCAGGACAAAUUAGAGAAAUCACUGAUGGAUGUCACAAAACUAUAACAGGUGGCUUCAGAUGGACUGAACUUACCCUGUAAGAUGAUGGAGGGAGCUCGACACAGUGGGAGAUGGAAUAGAAAAGCCUAUUUUGGCACAACAUUGAUCCUCUUGUGCAUGUUCACCUCCACUUCUACAUCCUUACAACCAUCAGUUGAGCCAAAGUGUCCACAUGGAGAUUAUUCCAAUGACAAGGGAAUAUGUUGCAACAAAUGCUCUCCAGGUUUUAAGCUCUUGGAAAAGUGUCAGGCUGAGCGUGAAAGGAGUAAAUGUGUGGCAUGUCCAGAUGGACAGUUCAUGGACCAGCUGAACUUCUUCCCUAACUGUUUCAAAUGCAAACGUUGCAAAUCAAAAAAUCACGAAAUCAUGGUAUCAAAAUGUGAACCAUACAAAAACACUAUUUGUCGCUGUGAGGAAGGUUAUUACAAAAACAUAAUCGACUCAGAAACACAUGAGUGUUUGAGAUGUAAAUCGUGUGGAUCUGAUGAAGAGGAAAAACUACCAUGUACACCAGAGAAAAACACUGUGUGUGGAUGUAAGGAGAAUUACUACAAAGAAAACGGCAAGUGUGUACCAUGCAAAGACUGUUCAUCUGGCUGUAAACAUCUCUGUCCAACAGUUACUGUUCAGCCCACAAAAGGUGAAAAGAAGGAAGAAGGAUUCCUUAUCAAUAUAAUUGCUGGGGUUGCAAGUUUUGCAGUAGUAUCGGUAGUAUUGGUGCUGGUGGUCGUUACCUACUUGUUAACAACAUGGCUCACCAAGAGGAGGAUUCUGAAACAGACAUCCCAAGCAUCCAUCACCCCGGACUCACUUGAAAUCCUUGUCAAAAAUGAGGAACCCUCAGACAUGUGUGUGAAGGCCGUUCCCCAAAGCCCUGUGAAUGAGCAGGAGCCGCCCAAUCUGCCUGACUGUGUCCCGCUGGAAAUCAAGAUCCCUGACCUGAUCUACAUGGUGCUAGACCUGGUACCAGUGCUGCAGGUGAAGCAGCUGGUGCGUUCUCUCGGUGUAACGGAUACAGAGAUCGAGCGAGCAGAGAUGGAUCACCGGAUCUGCAAGGAGUCUCACUACCAGAUGCUGAGGGUGUGGGCAGAACAAGGAUCACGAGCAGGACGAGGUGGAAUGCUGCACCGGCCGUUGUUGCUGGAGUUGUUAGAUAAACUGAGAACGAUGCACCUGGGACAGGCAGCCGAAGAGCUGGAGACAAAGUGUGGCAUUCAGUAAUUCUGUGAUGCGUGCCAAGUGGGACAAAAAGCUUAUAAAACCAAGUAUUGUACUCAAGGACAGCUUCAAAUUACACAGACAUGGAGCCACCACAAACCAAUGCAGCAUAUAUUUUUUUUCACAGCCACCAGCUUCACUGGACACUCUACCUCUGCUACUGCCAGUCAUUACAUGAGAUUACAGGGUCAAACUACUGAGAGCGACGGAUCAAAUGGUUCAAGAAGGGAGAGUCACCGAAAAUGGGAUUUCUCCUCUUUUUAAUUCAGCUGAACCCUUUGUGAAGAACUUUUGUUAAUGACUUUGUUGUUUUAAACCUUAAAGAAAUAGUUCAACAUUUUGGGAAACAUGCUUAUUCACUUUCUUCACGGGAGUUAGAUGAAAAGAUCAAUACCUCUCUAAUGUCUGUUCAGUAAAUAUGAAGCUGCAACCAGCAGUCGGUUAGCUCAGCUUAGGGGGCAGCUGUGACUCAGGAGGUAGAGCAGUAAAGUCGAUGUCUCCUUGGGCAAGAUACUUAACCCAAAAAUGCUCCAGAUGGCUGCACCAAUGGUGAAAGAAUGUCUGUGAAUGUUUCCAUCAGUCUCCAUCUGAUGAAUGGUUUAGCACCCUGUGCGGUAGCCCCUGUCAUGAGUGGAUGAACGUGUGUGAAUGGGUGAAUGUGACAUGUAGUGUUAAAGCGAAUGGAGUGGUCAAAAAGACCAGAAAAGCGCUAUAUAAGUGCAGUCCAUUUACCAUUAAACGGUGGAAACAGGGAGUUUGCCACACUCUGUCAAAAGGUAACACAAUCUACCUGCCAGCACCUAUAAAGCUCACUAAUUGACACAUUAUAUUUCGUUUGGAUAAUCCAAACAAAAACUCCAGUGUAAAAUGCAAAUUUCUGAUUUUACCAGAAACUAUUUCUUGAUAAUGAGCUUUAGUGGUGUUAGUAGGUGUUUUCUUCUUACAGAGCUCGGCGAGCUGUUUACUGCUGUUGGUCAGUACGAUGAGCUACGCUAACCAGUUGCUUGCUCCAGCUUCAUAUUUACUACACAGACAUAAAAAUGAUCUUCUCACCUAAUUCUUGGCAACAAACCAGAUAAGCUUAUUUCUUUCAAAAUGUCAAACUAAUCAUUUAAGGAUGAUAGAUUUCAUGAUUUGGUCCAAAAAAAAAGUUGUGUAAUCUACACAGCUUGCAUUCAUGAUGUGCCAUUUGCUGGCUGUAUUUUAUGGCUUUUUCAGCUUUGUCGUGAGCAGCAAUACAUUGUAUCUACUUUAUCAUUAGGCCAAUUAAGCUAGCCUCGACAAAUGCAAAGAUACUUUUAGAAACUUAUGCAGCAUAAGCAGAAGAUGUGAAAAUAAAUGCUGGCUAUUGAAGAAGUGACAUAAAGUUAAUCUAUGAUGUUUUAAUUGACAGUAGCUAUUGGCAGUUUUAGUCUCCUUAAUAAACUGUUAUGGAAAGAGUAAGAAAGCUAUGGAGGUGUGUUGUUUCUACUGAGUAUAGACUAAAGCCCUGUCACAUCUCGUCAGCUUUUCACAGCUCCAUUAACAUUCUUUAAGCCCCAUCAUACAAGCAUUAUUCACCAUCGUUAGAGGACACAGGACACACCUUGUCUCAGUUUCUCUCAGCCAAACAACCUUUAGAAUACCAGUCUCAGCCUGCAGAUUCAAAUAUGAAUCAGCCAAAUUAGGACUGAAGCAGUGUCAUUAAAAGCACUUUGUAUGAAAUGUUUUGUACACAACCAUUUAAUGGGAGAACGAACAAUUAUUUUUGAGAGGACUAGAAAUAAAUGUAUA